AGACGAUGUUUUAUGCAUAAUCCUUGUAUUGCACGGAUUUCCUCUACGUCGUGGCUAUAAAAUUUUGCGUACUUGGACUUUCUUCAGCCACGAAAUUCAUUCAUAUUUUUUCUUCGGAAAUCAGAAUUUCGCUUUAAUGGCUACCCAUUCUGUUGAUUCUCGGAGCGGUUUCUGUUCUCAAACCAAGAUUUACAAGAGUCUCCGACCACCGUUAUCGCUUCCGCCGUUAUCUCAGCCACUUACCGUUGCUGGGCAUGCGCUUUCUGUUCUCCGAUCAUCUCCUCCUCCGCCCAACACUGCUGCUCUCAUCGACUCCGACUCUGGCGUCAGUGUCUCUUACGCUCUUUUCCUCCGUCAAAUUCGAAACCUCACCUCUAACCUUAAAGCUCUUUAUUCCUUCUCUAAUGGUCAAGUGGCGUUUAUUCUUUCACCCACUUCUCUGCAAAUCCCUGAGUUGUAUUUCGCUUUAUUAUCUCUUGGUGUUGUUGUCUCUCCGGCUAAUCCUAUCAGUUCCGAAUCGGAGAUUGCUCACCAGGUUAGUCUCUGUAAACCGGUCAUUGCAUUCGCUAUUUCCUCAACGGCGUCUAAGAUCCCGAGGCUUCCACUUGGCACUGUAUUGAUAGAUUCGCCGGAGUUUCUUUCUUUGAUGAAUGAAAGUAAUCGAUCGGAGGGAGUGAACGAUGGAAUUUUCGAUCUCAAAAUCAAUCAAAACGAUUCUGCGGCGAUUUUGUAUUCUUCAGGGACUACCGGGCGAGUGAAAGGCGUUUUACUCUCUCACCGGAACCUCAUAACGGCGAUCACUGGGGUUCAAGUAUUAGAUAAAACGCCCGUCGAUGGAGAGAUUGAGCCACAUCCCGUUGCUCUUAGUCUGUUACCUCUGUUUCAUGUUUUCGGGUUCUUUAUGUUGUUUCGAUCGAUUUCAGAGGGCAAUACAUUGGUUUUGAUGCGUAAGUUCGAUUUCGAAAAGAUGUUAAGAGCUGUGGAGAAGUAUAGGGUUACAUACAUUCCGGUCUCUCCGCCGCUGGUUUUGGCCAUGGCCAAAUCGGAGCUAGCAGAGAAGUAUGAUCUCAGUUCUCUUCAAAUUUUGGGAUGCGGCGGCGCUCCUCUUGGUAAAGAAGUCAUCGAUAAAUUCCAUGUAAAGUUCCCCAACGUAGAAAUUAUUCAGGGAUAUGGGUUGACAGAGAGUGCAGGAGCAGCAUCAAGAACUGUCGGGCCUGAAGAAUGCAGUAAAGCAAGUUCCGUCGGUCGCCUAUCGGAAAAUAUGGAAGCCAAAAUAGUUGAUCCUUCAUCUGGAGAAGCUUUACCUCCUGGCCACAAAGGAGAGCUUUGGAUACGAGGUCCAGGAAUCAUGAAAGGUUAUGUCGGAGAUGAAAGGGCAACUGCUGAAACCUUGCAUCCUGAGGGAUGGCUAAAGACUGGUGACCUCUGUUACUUUGAUUCUGAUGGAUUUCUCUACAUUGUUGAUAGAUUAAAAGAAUUGAUCAAGUACAAGGCUUAUCAGGUCCCACCUGCUGAAUUGGAACAUUUGCUUCAAUCCCACCCCGAAAUCCUUGACGCUGCUGUCAUUCCCUAUCCUGAUGAAGAAGCAGGACAAAUUCCUGUAGCUUAUGUGGUUAGACAACCCGGAAGCAAUAUCAACGAGACUCAAGUCAUGGAUUUUAUUGCAAAACAGGUUGCACCGUACAAAAAAAUCCGACGAGUGUUUUUUGUGAACGCUGUCCCGAAGUCGCCUGCAGGGAAGAUUCUUAGGAGGGAGCUUGUUAAACAUGCUCUCUCUCAAGGCUCUAGCAGGCUAUAAUAAAGAGAAAUGGAAAUGGAAUUGUACAUUCUUAAUUUCAAUCCCUCAUUCUUUAUUGGCUACGUCAGAAGCAUUUUACUAUUAAUUUUAUUUUUUACUUUUCUUUUCAUAUCUAUUCAAUGAAACUCUGAUUCUUUUCUUUUC